AUGCCUGAGACCCGUGUACCACCAAUGCCAUUCCCAAUCCCAACCCCCAACCCUGAUCAUUUUGGACUCGAAUCAGCCUGGCCGCCAGCCAUAGGCCCAGCCGACCUUGGGGCCCCAGGCCGGGUGGAAGGCGAGAUGGCCGACUUGAUCGUCCUAGGUGAAAUCCCAAAGGAGGUGGAUGGGACUUUCUAUCGCAUGAUGGUCGAUCCCUUUUACCCGCUGAUGCCCGGGAAUCCGCCGGUCGAGGGUGAUGGGAAUAUCUCAGCAUUUCGCAUUCAUGAUGGAAAGGUUGAUCUCAAAAUAAGAUAUGUUGAUACGGAACGGCUCCGACUUGAGCGAGCUGCAAACAAGAGACUCUUUGGCUUGUAUCGCAACCCAUUCACCCACCACCCCUGUGUCCGCGCAGCUGUGGACUCGACUGCGAACACCAAUCUCGUGUAUUGGGGAGGGCACGUUCUAGCCUUGAAAGAGGGUGGGCUGCCCUACGCCGUUGAUCCCAAUACUUUGGCCACUCGCACGUAUGAUCCGUUCCAGUCACCGGGCAAGACAUUCUCGGCACAUCCAAAGAUCGACCCGUUCUCUGACGAGCUGGUUGUGUUUGGUUACGAGGCAAAGGAGCUAGGCUCUGACGACGUGGUCACAUACCACCUCACAAAGGACGGAAAGAUCAAGGAUAUACAGUGGAACCGUACUCCUUGGCCUGCCAUGAUUCACGAUUGCGCCAUUACCACCAAUUGCAUCAUUCUAUUCAUGUGGCCAUUCAAAUCGGACGUGGAACACAUGAAGCAGCGUGGCCAGCACUGGAAAUGGGCAGAUGACAAGAAUGUGACGUUCCAAGUCAUCCCCAGACGCGCAGAUACAGUCCCCGCUGGUUGGGAGAGUGGCGAGACGCGUUCGUACCAAUGGUCGCGGAAUGCCUUUCUCCUACACUCGGCAGCCGCAUGGGAAGAUGAUUCCGGCAAGCUGUACAUCGAGACAUCUCGAGUCCUGGAUACCAACCUGUUUCCUGCUUGGGGAAGCGAGAAUUCGCCGCCAUUCAGGAUGGAUCCGCAAUGUGACUUUGUCCGUUGGGAGCUCGAUACAUCCAAGCCGACUAAUAGCACGAUCCCGGAUCCGGUAGUUGUGCUCCCGCUUCCUUCCGAAUUUCCGCGCAUUGAUGAGCGCUACAUGGGUCGGAAGUAUAAUACCAUUUUCCUCCCCGUAGCAGUACCCGAUCUUCCGGAAAACGGCAUGCCUAUGUCGAUUUCACUUACCGGUCUGGCUAAAGUGGACAAGAGAACUGGAACUACCGAGUUUUUCAGACCUGGCACCAAGUGCAUAGUAGAAGAGCCCGUCUUCAUUCCUCGGUCCAAGGAUAGCCCCGAAGGUGAUGGCUGGGUGCUGUGUAUGGUUCAGAGGCUGGAGCAGAGGAAGAGCGAUCUAGUCGUGCUCGAUAGCCGCGAGUUUACAAAACCCAAGGCCAUCAUCCGGAUGCCGCUCUACCUCCGAGGACAGAUCCACGGCAAUUGGGUGGAGUCUCAGGAUAUCGAGGGGGGCCUGCAACCCUUGGCCAGGGUUCCGGAGCCGACAAAAGUGAGCAAUCGCGGGGCCUUGGAACCCCAAGAAUACUAA